CGGCAGCAAGGCAGUGUGUGCUCAUUCGAACAUCGGGCAUAGAAAGUGGAAGCGGAGCUGAGGAGGGUCCGUUUACUUUCCUUGCAAUUUCUUCGAUCACACAGCGGAAGAGAAAUUCACGUGCUCUUUGAAACUGCACCGUUACGCUUCCUUAUCAAGGAAUUGACCAGAGAAGGUGCAGUUUCGAACUAAGUUUCAGUUACCUUAUUGAUCUGAUUAGUUGAAACCCUUUAAAAAAAUGCCGGCCCAAAAGAUUGAGACUGGUCACCAAGACACAGUGCAUGAUGUGGUUAUGGAUUAUUAUGGGAAGCGCAUUGCCACAGCUUCAUCUGACCACACUAUAAAGAUAACUGGUGUAAGCAGUUCGGCCUCCCAGAAUCUUGCAACACUGAGUGGUCACCAAGGACCUGUGUGGCAGGUAGCUUGGGCUCACCCAAAAUUUGGGUCUUUGCUUGCUUCAUGUUCUUAUGAUGGAAGAAUCAUAAUAUGGAAAGAAAGCAAUCAGAACGAGUGGACCCAAGCCCAUGUUUUCACUGACAACAAAUCAUCCGUGAAUUCAAUUGCUUGGGCUCCUCAUGAACUAGGUCUUAUUUUGGCAUGCGGUUCGUCUGAUGGGAAUAUCUCAGUUUACACUGCCAUUGCUGACGGAGGUUGGUCGUCUACGAGGAUUGACCAUGCGCAUCCGGUUGGAGUUACUUCUGUUUCAUGGGCUCCCUCUACGGCACCCUCUGCUCUUGUUGGUCCUGGCUUGCUGGACCCUGUUCAGAAGCUUUGCUCUGGUGGUUGUGAUAAUACUGUAAAGGUUUGGAAGCUUUAUAAUGGGAUUUGGAAGCUGGAUUGCUUUCCUGCUCUUCAAAUGCAUACUGAUUGGGUCAGGGAUGUUGCUUGGGCACCCAACUUGGGACUACCAAAAUCUACCAUUGCAAGCGCCUCACAGGAUGGAAAAGUUAUUAUAUGGAUUGUGGCCAAGGAAGGGGAUCAGUGGGAAGGUAAGGUUUUGAAUGAUUUCAGGACGCCCGUUUGGAAGGUCUCGUGGUCACUGACUGGAAACAUAUUGGCUGUCGCGGAUGGGAACAACAAUGUGACCUUGUGGACAGAAGCAGUAGACGGCGAGUGGCAACAGGUGCAAACGGUUGAUCCAUAGAAUGCUGUUGUUGGAGUUUGGUAACCGUAAUGAUUAAUUAGGUUUGUAUGUUCUAUGUCAACAUAACUUGAGACUUGUGAAAAUUUUAAAAAAUUGAGUAUUUCCUUUGACAGAAUUUUACAAAAUUGAGUAUUUCCUUUGACAGCUUUGAACUAAAUUUCAUAAGUUUCUUCAUUAGCUUUAGUGGUAAUGAAUGUGAUUAGUACUUAGCUGGCUUUUGGUUAUUGUUUUUAAA